AUGGGAACUCCCCUUCAGGGAGCGUCACACCUUCCCUUCCACAAUUCCCUCCAACCUCCUCAGCCACCCCUCCUUGUUGCUUGGGAACCUCCUCCGCCGGCGUUCUUCAAACUCAAUUUUGAUGGGUCUGUUAGGAACUUGUCUGUAGCUGGUGGCAUAAUCAUCAGAGACUCCAGCAGUACCUUCAUUCAAGCCACUUCUCUCAAUUUUGGUGCCUCUUCCGUCCUCCUUGUCGAAGCUUCAGCUCUUCAUCAGGGUAUUCAGAUUGCGCACCAACUAGGCAUCCAAAAUUUAAUUAUAGAAGGCGACAACCUCCUUGUUAUCAAAGCUCUCCAAAAUCUUUGCUCCAUCCCAUGGAAAAUUGCCACUAUCAUACAAGACUCCAAGUUCAUGCUCCAGCACUUCUCAUCUGUCCAAGUUCGUCAUAUCUUUCGCGAAGCUAACCGUGCAACGGAUUGGAUAACUAAUGUGGGUCACCUAGUUAGCUCUCCAUUUGUUUUACCUACUUGUUCCCAAUCUUUACUUUCUUCCAUUCUUGUUUCAGAUGCAUUAGGCGUUCCCCUCGAGAGGAGGGCAGCCUAA